GUAAACUAAACCACCGGAACGCGCAACCAUCGUGCGUUGGUGACAUUUGCUAAACAUGGCGGACUAUGACAAGAUCCCAGUGGCCGUGGUGGGCACUUCCCGGGAGGCGAUGUUGAUCAGGGAGAUCGAGGAUGGACAUACUUCAGAUGACUUCAUGGAAGUCAAUCAGGGAAAUGGGCCAAAGAACUUCCGAUACAAGGCAGCAGCCAUGACCUGCGGCUUGCUCAUGUUGGGUGCAGUGAUCUUCUUUUUCUCCGAUCCGUGCCGUUCUCCCAUGAAACUCUUUUCAAGCUCCGAUAUUGAGUUGGUGGAAGAGAAACAGCUUGAAGCGGCCUCACGUCACUUGAAGUCCAUCACCUCCCGUGCGGAUGCUGACAAGAUGGUGGCACAAGCUAUGGCCAAGGCAAAGCAAGAGCGAAUUGAGCACCACAAACUCCACAAGUUGGAAGGAAUGCCACCAGCGAUGCGCAAGAUGCUUGCGACGACUGGUCAUCUUGGAGACUUCUUCCAAGCAGAGAAGUUGGCAGGACAGGCCCGAAAGGCUGAAGUGGAGGACAUCAAAUGGACUGCCAAGCAGAAAGCCGAAUACUGGGGAGGAUCCAAAGUACAACAAGCACGUGACUUCCGGAAGGCUUUCUGCGUUUUCAACGUGCAAGAGACCGUAGACAGUUUGGGCGGCACCGGUGUCGAUAUUGACGGAGUGGUCCGCACUUGCCCCGAGCCACGCAAUGACAUCUCGGAAUUUGCCUGCAGCGUGAAUGCAGAGACCUUGGCCGAAAUGGUGGGCACAGCGGCCACAUGGCUCUCCAGUGCCGUCUCAUCCUGCGACACCUUCCCCAACGUGGGCGCCGAAUGCGGCGCCGGCGUCGCCGGGAUCGUCGGGGCCCUGGGCGAAAUGGCCGCCUCAGCCACCCUGGCGAUGACCAGCUGCAAGGAAUUCCCCAUGGCAGGCUUCAAGGCGGAUGCAUAUGGAGAUUCCUACGGAGACGCGAGAGUCAACAGCCUUGGCGAACCCGGGAUCAGGAUGUCCCGCGUGGGCAACAGCGGCCCCGACCGCCGACUCUUCAUUGGAACGGGCAUUGGUGGCAUGGGCGUCCAGUGUGGCGUGGACGUGGGCUUCAUCGCUGACAACAUUUAUGACACCAUUUUCUACAUCCAGCAGGCUGUCCAGCUUGACACCUGCAGUAAGCGAACCCGCUAUGGUCCUUACAACUACCUGACAGGAGUGCCGGAGGCUGCCUGUGUCCUGGACAUUGCCGGCGCCAUCGCAUGGAUUUCUCAGAUCGCCACCUUCGUUCAGCAAUUGGUGAGUCAUUGCCCUGAUCUUCUGGAGCUUCCCACGCUCUGCGGCUCCAGCUCCUCGGGACUCUUCUCCUCAGCCUCGCAGAUCGCCUCCUGGGGAUCUCAGGUGGCCAUCGCCUGUGGCGCAAGUGAGUCUGUCACUGUGAUUGACCGCGUGAUUGUCUUCGCCGAAGACUACAGUGUGGUUGCAGGCCGCGAGGUUGCCUUUGUAAAACUUUGCUCGGCAGCAAUGAAGGUGUUUGAUGUGGAGUGCACCUGGGUCUCCUCAACCACCUCCGACCUCUCCGCAGUGCCUGGUACCCAUGUUCCGCAAGUGACAAUGGUCGGGCCGUAUGAAGGCCUGUUGUUGGCCGAAGCCGAGAUCAAGGACAACGGCCUGAAGUUGCCCGGAUUCGACCAGCUCACCUACUUGGACACCGUGCGUCGCCCCCAUGGUACCGGCGUGCGGCGCUUGGGACGUGUGGCGGAUGAGGACAUCAUCGACAAGGCCGUGGAGGAAGCAGAUAAGAAGUGGGAUCCUGAGAAUCAUCCCAGUAUGAAGAACUUGCAUCGGGCCCUGGACUCCCUCUACGCCUGGGGUCGCAACAUCACAGGGGCCCCCGCCGGAAACAGUCGUCGGGCUUUGACACGAGCCAAUCUGAAAGAAAGGUUGCACUUGAUCGAGCCCGCGUUGCAAGAGUAUUCAAGCAAGUGGUCCGUGGAAAACUUGGACACUUGUGCAUGAGGAAGCAGCUGAAUGAGAGCGCACAAAGUGCCAAACGGAAUGACGAAAGGUCAAUGAAUAAUCAAUCUUCCUGGAAUCGCUCCUUUGGGGGUGUUGCAGUUGCGUGUCGUGCUCCGCCGAUACCCCGAUCGCAAUGAUGGAGCUAUUUUCAGUCACCAGUUUGUGCGAUUCGCCGAUGAGCAUCGUACGUUGCUGUACUGUAUACGCUAUUUGGGACUGGGUAGGAUGAAUGUCAAGGGAAAGUUGAAGACCCCUGACGGACAUGUUCGAACUAUUUCCGAACCUUAGAACACC